CUUCACUCUAUCAAAUAUUGAUUGUCCCAAGGUUUUCAUCGCAAACUCCGAUAGAACUCAGUGUGACAUGAAUAUUUCGUAUAGAAACUUAUAAUCUACCUUAUAUAAUCACCCAUCAACUAGCUGGAUGUGAGUUUGUCACUCAAAAUACCUCUCCAAAUGCGCCCACCUUACAUGCGAAUCCCCUAUACGGAUGUCUUAGCUCCUCCUACCGUCUACCCCAGAACUGCAACAACCAUAGCGGGAGCCAUUGAGGCUCUGCAGAAAUUCUUUCAAGUUCCCUUAGCAAAAGGUUCCCCUUCCACGGUAGUUCUCUCAGGGGCCGGUAUAUCCGUGGCUAGCGGACUAGCAGAUUAUCGAGGGCCUAACGGUACAUACCGAGUGAACAAGACAUAUCGACCUAUCUAUUACAACGAAUUUCUUCAGAACCACGAAGCUAGGAAACGAUAUUGGGCUAGGAGUUUCCUUGGCUGGACUACGCUUCUGAAAGGGAAGCCAAAUGCCGGUCAUUACGCGGUGAAACAUCUAGGCGACUUAGGGCUAGUUCAGAGUGUGAUUACGCAGAAUGUGGAUUCAUUUCACCCCAAGGCUCACCCUGGUCUCCCCACGAUUGAGUUACAUGGUUAUUUAAGAUCUUGCGUGUGCAUUUCAUGCCGCGAGGAAUUGCCCCGAGACACAUUUCAGGAUGAGCUAGCUAGGCUGAACCCUACAUGGGCAGCUUUCCUACAGGAGAUACUAGCAUCUGGAGCCUUGGAUACGGAGAAUCCAGAUGAAAGACGAGCCAAGGGGUUGAGGACGAAUCCUGAUGGUGACGUUGACCUUCCAGACGCACCGUACACGACAUUCCGCUAUCCCGCCUGUCCAAGAUGCCUCGAAAAUCCACCUGAGAUCCCCGAUGGAAGCCGUGCAAAGGUCGAAGUCGAUGCGGACGGCGCGUGGAACCCGGCGAGUACAGCUGGUAUACUAAAGCCGGCUGUCACUAUGUUUGGGGAGAACAUACAACCCUCCGUUAAAUUGACCGCAGACCAAGCUAUUGACAAUGCCGGGAGUUUGCUGGUUUUAGGGACAUCUCUCGCAACAUAUUCCGCGUGGCGGUUAGCUAAAAAGGCCAAGGAUCGCGGUAUCCCUAUCGCGAUUAUCAACCUUGGAGGCGUCAGAGGCGAAGAUGCUUUCUUUGCCGAUCUUGACCCAUCCCAAGAAGGGGGGCAAGGGGCAAGGAUAGAGUUAUCUACCGAUGAAUUGCUACCAGCCCUCGUAGAGCAAUUGAGGCAAUCUUCGAGCAUAAAGGCUGCCCAGGAGAAAUAUGAUCAUAGUGUCGAGGAACACGGUGCCUCGGUAUUCAAAGACAUGAUGUCGUAAUGCCAUAUAGCGACCAUAUUGUAUAUAUUAUAUAUACUUAAUAAUGGAGUCAGUAGACUAGAAGAAACUUGCAUAGCUUCCAUUUUUCUUCUUCGGUGGUACCGUAUUAUCCGUGCUUGUAGCUUCUGUCUUAGCAGGAGUAGAAGGAGCCGCUGUUGGUUUCGUGUUUUCGGUCUUAUUCACGUUUUUGAGGAUAUCGUUAUUCUCGAUUUCCCUUAAUGCUUCUUCCCAUUCUUUUUCCUUUUCAGCGUCGCCAGUGCCCAACGUCUUUUCAACAUCUACCUCUUCGCCUCUCUGUAGCUUCUCUACGACCUCGCGCAGCAAACCGAUACGCACUUCGGCUCGCCUUACAUAUGUGUCAAAGUCUUUCUUCAGGGCAAUCAUCUGGAUAGACAUGGACCCGAUGAAAAGAAAUAUUACGAUGUAGAAUGUCGCCGGGUUCCACUCUUUCGACUUGGGUUUUUUCGGCGCGCCCCAAUCCGCAGCUUGUUCUGAGCGUCGAAAUGGCUUCGGUACCAAGCUCUUCCAAAAUGAUGGUUGUAUUAUCGAUGGAGCUGAACUUGCCUGUCGAGUAAAUUGGUGUCCAUUGAUAAAUAUCAACCGCGAAACUCCUGGACGGAGAGUAGAAUUAAUAUUUGCGGCUCUACGCCAUAUUAAUUUGUUCAUGUUGAAGAAAUAGCUAGGUGUAUCAAGUUGAGUGAAAAAAGGACUCGAUAU